AGUCUUGAGACGUGAGGUGAGAGUCUCAUUCAGACUGGUUUGUGCCGAUGUCUUCUUCGGGGAUGGCAACAGUGGAAAUCAAAUUGUUUAUUUUAUUGAGCAUUCAGCAAUACUAACACGUUUCAAGAUUUCCUUUGUACUAUUUACAACCGCAUCAUGUACCACUGGAUCAUCUGUCCUCUGUGCUCUGUUGCAUAAUGAUCUAAAUGUGUGGUUAAGAUGCAAUUUUAAACAGUACAGAGUAAAAGGUUGUGUCCUAUACAGUCGAUCUGUAAGAACGAAAUGAACAUUAGCCGGUCUCUCUCUCUCUCAACGCGUUGAAGUUGAGACUUGAGCUUGAAAGUUGAGAUGUCUCCAACUUAGCUCCUCUCUUAGAACCAUGAUUUGCGUCGGUCUGGGUAUCAGUCUUACCUCACCCUCUACUGCCCUGGCCUUGCUUUCGAGCAAGCCCCCGCUUCUUCGACUUCGUCGCUUCCCAUCUCCGUUAUCGAAUGUUAGGCCUCUAGAUUUUAAGAAGAGGACGAACCAGGGGAGGUUCAGAAGUUUGAAAUGCAGAGCGGAGUUUUCCCAGGACGCACCUUUCGCCAUUGCAAUCGGAGCUUGCAUCCUCAACUCACUGGCUUUCCCAAUCGCUAAUGGUCCGGACGACGAUAGCAGCUCUGCUAUCGAUUCCACUGAUGCGAGGUUUGCAGUCAUGGGGAUCAUAAGCUUCAUUCCUUAUUUCAAUUGGCUGAGUUGGGUUUUCGCGUGGAUGGAUACUGGCAGUCGGCGCUACGUCGUGUAUUCCCUCGUUUAUCUGGCCCCCUACCUGAGGACAAAUUUGUCGUUGUCACCCGAGGAGAGCUGGCUGCCUAUUGCUGGCAUUAUCUUCUGCAUCAUUCAUGUUCAGCUGGAAGCAAGCAUCAGAAAUGCGGACAUAAAGGGCUUCCAAUUAUUCACUGAAUCUCGAAAGUAUCUUUCUCCAAGAACCAAAAGCACUCAACCCGAGGAUCACGAAGGAAUUCUUAGCAAGGAGAAGAAAGAGCACAGGAAGCCACCAUCUACACAAGAAAAAGCAAGAAUCGAGAUACAAGACUGGGGGAUUGAGAGCCCAUUGGAUGAUCGCCAGCACUUGAGCGAAGAUGAAAGAAGGAAACAUAAAGACUAGGGUUAUUUAGCCUUAAAGGAGAUAAAAGCUAAUAUUUAUUAAAUGGUCUUCAUCGCAAAAACGGCAUGGGAGUAGGGGGAGUUGUCUGUUUCAUUGUGAGCUCUUAAAAUAUAAGGAGUUGUCGAGCACUGGUAUUGGAAAGAUUUCAUUUUUGGCGUUCUUAGCAGCUUCUCAUUCUUCAAUGGUUCAAAGUAUCGAUUACGUAUCUGGGCGUUUGACCCACACUUUUUUUCUUCAGUUUCUAGCAAGGCGUAUCCCGUGAAAAUAGCUAAUAUUUAUCACAUCGGGGUGGGGUCGAUAUAUGCCUUAUAUAUUUCAGUAAGUGAUGAAAUUUUGAACCUUAGUCUAUAUGUUUGGUUAAUGUAAGAAAUGCAAUUUUUUGUUUAAUUU